GCUUUAUUGAUUUUCUGAAAUGUUGGUAUUUCCAUUCAAAUAUCUUAUUACAGUAUAUACAGUCUUUUUAUUAAACCUCAUACAUUUUUAAAGCUUCAACAUAUUUGGUAUAUUGAUCUAAAUAAUACAACUAUUAAGGCACAAGACAGUCAUCCAAGAGUGUUCAAACAACUUGUCGGAGUUAGAAUGGCUCACCAGCGUCAUGUACAAGGACAUGUGCAACAACAAUUACAUCAUUCUCCAGUAGAGGACCCUGGGUGUAUUGGGAACACCAUUUCCUCGCAUUAUAGCUACCACAACAACAGACCAAUCAUCAUCAACAGCAGACCUAACAAUAAAGAUGAACGGAGAAAUGUUAAGUUGGGCCUUGCUGUCGCUGGUACUAGUUUUUCUGGUGGAGUAGCCAUUGGUCAUGGUGCUGCAGCUGCAAGUAGUGCUGCAGCUGCAAGUAAUGCUGCAUUUUAUGCUCCAUUUGCAAUGGCAGCCACUGCUCCGUCAGCUCCAGUUGGAGGUACUGUCCUGGCUACCUUGGGUGUUGCAGCAGUUGCUGUUAUAGGAGUAGCAAGUGUUGGAUAUUUAAUAUGGUCAUUCUUUAACUGAAGAAACUCUCCCAAUGUUAGAUAAAUUGUAUGCAUGAAAUGAGCAGUAACACAGACCAGUGGGAUAUGUGGAGAGGGGCAUAAUUCCUCCCACUCACUAGACACUCACUAGAUAGACAAACAGGCCCUCAGCGUCAUUGCAUUAACAUUACCAACGCAAAGCAAUUCAUCAUAAUUCUAAUACAAAACAAUAUAGGGUAAAAACUGUGUCAAGUAGAACAACAUUGGUAUUGGACAUACCUACUUGUGCUAAGAUCCGAUUAGUGAAACUUUAUUUCUUUUUUUCACUAAAUCACAGCCAAAAGGCGUAAAAAUUAAAUGGUAUUAUAUUAACGUUGUCUUUGUGAUAAUCAGUAUGUUUUCUUUUGACCUGAAACUGCUAAAUCAUUAUUAUGUCCCCUCUCAAUAACUAGGGGUGGGACGAUGACCCGAUGAGUCGAUUCCCCACAGGUUGAGGCCUUCAGGUUGACUCGAAUCGAAUCCUCUAGUUGAGGAGUCGACUCGUUCGGGUUGAAAAUGAUGAUAACUUCCCCGGGUUAUAAUUCCAGGCAAUUUUUGGUAUCUAAACUGUGGAUUUCAAGGCUUUCUUUCAUGAUCUAGCCCAUCUAUGUGUUUAUAUUAGUUAUUAGAAAUGUCCAGAGUAUUAUUAAUGUAAUAACAUUACUUGUUUGUAUGUAAUGAUUGGAAUAAAAUAGAAAUUAUAAACUU